AUGCGCAUCUCUUCCUCGUUUGGCUUAGGCAAGAAUCCCAAACGAGACGCAUCUGCAGGGAUGACGGCGUUCAUGACCAUUCUGCGGGACCCAUCUCUGACCGCCCACCUUCUUGAAGUCAUUUUCGAUCGUGGGUUAGAGCGUCACUCCUUGUCUCGUCUGGCACGCACCUGCCGGGUAUUGAAAGAGCCCUCGCUGUCAGUUCUCUGGAGACACCUCGAUAGUCUCAAGCCCCUCGUCAAUCUCUUCCCUAACGUUAUUCAACGCACAUUCCGGGGUCGCGAUUCGAUGCGACCGAAGGAUUGGUCUCGUAUCCUGCCAUAUAGUUCGCGUGUGCAUAGCCUCAAUUUUACAGACCAUUUAAUUUCGUCUUAUUUCUGGUCCUUCUUGGAGAGAUGUCAUGGCGGCCCGGAGUAUAUUCUCCCGAACCUCAUGAGUCUGACAUGGCGAUCCAUGUCCGAUGAAUCCUUAUCUCAUUUCCAGUUAUUCUUAGGCCCCCGGCUGGAGACUUUUUCUCUGCCAUACCAGGAUCACUACCCGAGUACUGAAUGGAUCGACAAGAUACUACCACAAAUAGCAGCGCAUAGAUGUCUGACAACCAUAUCACUCCCUCUCUCUGAUUACACAUGGAGCCUUGAACCAGCUGGGUCACCAAGUGAUGUCAUUUGGGAGAAGGUAGUCAUUGACGGCCCAUCCCGGUACUUGCAGGAUCUCCUCCAGAAUGGUCCCUUCAUCAGGUGGAUAUCAGCUCUUCCCAGGUUGCACACCUUCGUCUGGAACGUAGGGUCUCUUAGUGUGAUCGUAGAAACACUCCGGUCCGUUGGCGACCUUGACACUACUCUGGGUUUCUCCAUCCUUCCAGCUUGCAAUGGGGAUGGUGGUUAUUCCACAGGAUCUAUCCUCCCCACACAAGAUCCGAAACUCGACUCGGACAAGACGAAACAAGUAAAGAGUGUACUACACAAUUGUGGUGAUCCACAAAUCUUCGCGCAGCUGACUCAUCUAGAGUUGUCUAUCAAGGACGUCGAAUAUUUUGGAACAUUCCUCAUGCAGCUUAGAAACCCGUUGCGCAAGCUCAGCCUGAAAACUACAGACGCACUAUUCAGAUAUCAAUGGGACGAUGUAUGUCUCGCUAUUUGCGAGCAUUCCGGAGAUACACUAGAAACGCUGGAGAUCCGCCACAAAUCGAUAAUGCGAUACCGUGGCGGUGACGCGCAUAUAGAUCUGACUUUACUUGCUCCCCUUCCGCGCCUACGACAUCUGACCAUCGACUUUCCAUAUCUCAGGCCUGUAUUUGAUGAUGAGGAUGUCGUUGACAUCGCGUUCACCUUGCCUCAACUCGCCGAGCUGAGCCUCUGCCCCGUGGUGCGAUUUCCUCAGCAGGAUGCCACACCGCGCCGACUGAUCUGGAACUAUGCAAGUCGAGACUGUCAUCAGGGAUCAGUGAGAUAUGAGGAGGUCUUCCCCGCAGAACAGUGA